AUACGCUUGAUUUCCGGGGUCGGAUAGCCGUGUGGAAGGUGUGUGCGUGUGUGCGGCAGGACCUGUUGGGGCUAGCGACCGAAAGAAUGCAUUUAUAAAAAAUAUAAAUGCCACCAAAAUAUGAUUUAACAAGUUCACAGAGGACUCUAAACCCCAACAAUUUAUUUUAUUUUGUGUUUACUUGCUUGCAAGAGGAGGAGAGCAACGGAAAGGUGUGCUGAGCGCGUAUCCACCUGCACAGACAGGAGAAUAAAGCGGUGUAAUCUGGACCAUGGGAACGCAAUGGACACAAUGACGUCACCAACCACGGAACCCCGAACGCGUUCUGCUCACUCCCAAUUGCAAACAAGCACUAGACUGGUGAAAUAGAAGUCAUCUUAUUUUUUUGUUUUAUUAUUGUCCUCUUAUCGUGUGUAAGUGAUUUCACCGCCCUCCUAUUGUAGACCUGAGAUGAGGUUACUGGAUGCAUUGCCGAAAAGUAACCAACGCGCUGGAACAAGAAUAGACUGAAAUUGAUUUGAAUUUUGGCUUUGGUUAAAAUUCACCUACUGUGCUUAUUACUAAUUUGUUAUAAAAUACGAAAAGCGGCAGCCCGUAUUUUAUUCAGUUGGACAGAAAUCGAGCAACUACGGACUUUGUACCAGAGGAGAAACGUUUAAGGAAAACGACUUUAAUUUCGUAAGACUUGUAAAGUACCCACCCCUUACACCUGCACAGGCAAAGGGCAGUGGGACGUGUAUGGAUUCGUUGUGGUUUUAAUAUAAAUACUCGACGCCUAACACUCGAAAAGGAGAUAUUUCUUUCUUUAAAAAUAAUAAUUCUUCUGCACUCUCCUGUGAUUCAAGAAGCGGCAGCCAAGUCUUGUCAAACUGGUGGUCUUCCCUUCUCAUCCCACGUGACCAUUGUGUAUCCAUGGCCUCUGUGACGAGCGCAGUGGCCCCGAACUCCGCAGCGCUGGAUUUCCGCUCGGGGGCCAGUGUGGAGCGGGUGUCGGAGCUGGUGCAGGAGCUCCUCCUCCUGGAGCAGAGUGACUUCGGAGACCAAACUGCGAUGGAGGUGCACACAGCCAAAGACUUCAUCUUCAGCAUGCUGGGGCUUGUCCAGCAGUUAGACCAGAGGCUGCCGGUAUCCAACGAGUACCUGCUGCUGUCUGGUGGGGCUCGAGAGGGGGUCCUAGACCUGAGUCCUGAGGAUCUGGGCGACUACGUCAAGGGGGCAGACUACGACUUGGACUUUACCUUACUGGUGCCAGCUCUGAAGCUCCACGACCGAAACCAGCCGGUCACUCUGGACAUGCGGCAGUCUCCUCCCUGUCACUCCUGGCUGAGUCUGCGCCUGUGUGAGCAGGCCAUGCUGUCCCGCUGGAAACACUGCUGCAGGGGAGCCCAGGGGGAGGCUGCUGGGGAAGAGGGGGGCGGCUACUACUUCUCCCCGACCCUAGUGGCAGACUGGUUCUCGGAAGCCGUUCUGAAAGUAAUAAACGAACUCCGACGCAACCCCCAAAGGGGCACCCCGAUCCCGGAGACGGUGGAACGCAACGGGCCCGUGACCACCCUGAUUCUGACAGCCGGGUCGAGCCGGAUCCUCUACGACCUGGUCCCAGUGGUCUCGUUCAGGGGCUGGCCAGCGGUCGCCCAGGGCUGGCUGAUGGAAAACCAUUUCUGGGACGGGAAGAUCACUGAAGAAGAAGCCAUCAGCGGCUUCUACCUCCUGCCCUGCUGCUCGGCGUCCAGCAAGGAGCUGCUGGUGGGGGGCAUCGAAGGAGCCGCGCAGCCCGAUAAGGAGUGGCGGUUGGCGUUCUCCCGCAGCGAAGUCCAGAUCAAAAAGUGCAUCCCUCUCCCUUUAGCCCACGCUUUCCAGGCAGCCAAAGCCAUCAUCUCCAAACUCAUCUCCCGUCCCAAAGCUGCGGUCAGCCCCUACCACCUGCGCACCCUCAUGUUCUGGGCCUGCGACCGCCUCCCCUCCGCUUACCUCUCCAAAGAAGGCACUGGCCCUCUCUUACUGGGCCUCUUGGAUGAGCUGGCCAGCGCUCUCCUCAAUAAGAGCUGCCCCAAUUACUUUCUCCCGCAGUGCAACAUGUUCGAGCACCUCUCCGACUCCACCGCGCUGCUCCUGGCGCGCAAGCUGGCCUGCGUUCGCUCGGACCCGGCCGAGCACCUCCGCACAGCCCUGGAGCAGGCAGAGGCAGCAGCCAGGCUCAAGCUCCAGGGAGGAAGGGGGAACACUACUGCUCUGUCUCCAGGAUCCAGCCCUGGACUCCCCCAGCCCCAGGAGGACCGCAUGGCCAGGCGACUGCAGCAGCUGGUCACAGAGAACCCGGGGAAGUCCAUCUCUGUCUUCCUAAACCCUGAAGAUGUCAGCAGACCGCACUUCCGCAUCGACGACAAGUUCUACUGAGGACCUCGUGACUGUAGAACACUCUGUAUGUAGGGAUGCUAAUGGAAACGUCUUUGACAAACUAGGAGUCUUUCUCAACGUCUUCAAUUCUUCUCGAAGUCUUAAAUGAAUUGGAUAGACAUGUAGUCAAAGUGUUUGUCAGACAAUUUGAGUUUUUUUUUUAGUAUCACAGAUUUCUAAUGAGAUCAUCCAUCCAACACUCUGCAUAUAGAAAUGCUAAAAGUAACGUCUUUGACAAACGUUUUGACUUGGAGUCAUUCCCAGUGUCUUCAGCGAUUCAACUAGAAGUCUUAGUGUCCAGUGAUUUUCAACUUGAAGUCUUUCUCAGUGUCUUCAAUCAAUGAUGAAUUUUGAUCUUUAUCAGAGAAAUUGCGUUUCUUUUACAAGAACUACAAGAUCUACUGAGUGGUGAAGAAGCACUAGCUUGGACAAAAGUUUCAAAUCCUUUAUUUAUUUAUGUAGACUUGUAAUAGCACUAGCUACGUUAUCACGGCCCCUCUUAAAGGAGAGCGAACCAAGGCUUAAAAAUAAAUACCCCGAUCUGCCUUUAGGCCAUCGUACAUUUUCUUACCUCUUAUUGGUACUCGGAACGUUAUCACUGGUCCCCUUUGUAAAGGAAACAUGUUAACCUAUAGAUGCAAUGUUAAAUCUAGAUAUUUAUAUUAAAAAAAAAAAAAAAAAAAAAAGUAAACUGGGCGUAGACAAUUAAUUUUUAAUCCUGGAUUUAACAACGUCGCCUCGCAGCUGUGAAUUCGACUGAUUCCCCUUCCGUCAAAACAUGCAGUUAAGUUUCUUCCAGAAGAACGUGGCUGUGCUACGCAGGGUGAGGCGCUAUAUUAUAAGUGUAUGCACAUUCAGGUACUGGGCUUUCUAGUCAAAAUAGCAUUGCCUUGUGUUGCCCAGCACACAGCAGGCAAUAGCAGCCUAUGACCAUGGAUUGUAAUGUUUGUACAUUGGGUGGCUGUAGUUUUUCAAGGUUUUCUAGUAACAGGAGCGUUGGCUUGUGUUCAGAGCAAGUCUCUACAGAACCCAGUAGAAUUCCUGCAGCUGGAUAUUGGAGAGCUCAGUAAAACAUAGAACAAAAUGAACGCUGAAUUCCAGACCGAUUCGAUAUUAACCGGUAUGUUUGUAGUUGUGAAUGAUGAUGUACAUAUUUAAAAGCGUACGAUAGAUAAUGUAAAAGUUGUCCUAGUUUUUCUUUUAAAAUCUCAGAUGCAAAGAAUUUAAUUUCCAAUCCAAAGUUGCUGCUGAAUGUAACGAAUUACCUCCAAGCCUGAUCAAUGUCGUGUUUCUAAACACAAGCUGUGAUUUGCUGCAAUAUUUAUGUGUUUUAAUAUGUAUGACCUUGCGUUAUUUUAAAUGACUUGCAAACUUUGAUUUGAAAUGUGUAUUGAGGCUUUCUAUGUAGAUUAUGUAUCUGUUUUUUCUCUGUGAUAUUUAAUAGAUUCAAUUACAGCUGGAUACAAAUCAUUAAAAAAAUGAGUGCGUUGUGGUCUGUGUGUUGUUUUGUUAUUCAGGGCUAAUUUUAAUGUUUUGGGUUAAAAAAACAGUUUUAAUGAGUUUUUAUUUG